AUGCAAGAAGGAUAGAUUUAAUCUUAGAUUAAAAAAGCAGGAGACAGCUUCUAUGAAUUUGAUGCAUCACAUAUUGCAGACAAGUCUAUAAUACCCUAUACUGAGGAAGAGAUGAGACUUUCACUUUUAAAGUUUAUGAUUGCAAAGAGAUAGCCCUAGAACGGUUCUAGUCCAUUAGAACAAGAAGUUAUAAUUCCAAAAAAGAAGAUAAGAUCUCAUAGAAAUUCUGAAUAUGAGUAACCGAUAACAAACAAAGAAUAUGACCAUGUUGAGAUAUAUGGAGGCAGUAGUCUUAAGAAAAAAAAUAAAAAGGUUAAAUAAAAGAAAAAGAGAUAUAAAAAUGAUGAGUUAAAUGAUUACUAUGACAGUUUUGAGGCUGUCAAAAAGGCUCAUCUUAAUCAAAAUCAUACAAUAUAAGAAAUAUCUCCCACUAAUAGAUUCAAAACUAACAAAGAUAGAUCUCUUUCGCAGCUUAUUAGCAUUCCAAAAAAUAAAGAAGUACUAAUUAAUUCAAAUUCACGAUCAAUGUUAAGGGAUCAAUCUCAUAAGAGUUCAUUAUUUUAGCAUUAUAAUCCUACAAGUCCAAAUGAUUAUAAACUUCCAGAUUUGAUAGGAAAGUAAACUCAGUCAAAGAAAUAGUCACCAAGCUACUCAUUUGGAAUAUAACAUUCUAAAAGGGCAAUCAUUAGUCCUUCGCAUAAAUAAGAUUUGCUUGGAAAAGAUUCUCCAGGAGUAGGUUACUAUAAAGUCACUUAGUUUAUCAGAUAAAUGCAUUUAAGAGAUGAAAUAAAUAAGAGUGAUUUAUAGUUUGGAACUGUCCCCAGAUUUUUUGAAUUUGAAAAUUAAAGGUAAUAGUAAAAGUUACCAAUCACUUAUUAGCAAGAUUUGAAUACAUUUAAUAAGCAAGAUUCAAAGGUAAAUUUGACCUUAGACUCGAGAGAUAUAAGUUUGAGAGAUUCACCAAGAUAUAGAAGUGUGUUUGGUAAAGAUCCUAGAAACCCUAACCCUGGGCCAGGAGCAUAUGAGAGUCCUCAUAAUUUGAUGAAAUAGUCAUCCUCUAAGAGAUUACUGAAUGGUAUCAAGUCAAGAUAAGAUAGAUUUGAUAUUACUAAGAAAGUAUUUUGCAAGGAAUGGUCAACUGAUCAUAAAAACAAAGAAUCCUUAGGCCCUGGUAUAUAUUCAACUAUGAGAUAAAGCCCAAUGAAAGCUUAUAAAAUUCCAUAAAGAGAUAGGGGAUUGCUGAGUAAAGAAAGAAAUAAUUCUCCAAGUCCAGCUUCUUACAACACUCUAGGAGAUCCUUUGAUAGGUCUCAACAUAAAAAUAGUUGAGCAACCUUCUUAAAAAUAUGACUAGAUUUAGAGCUGA